AUGAAGCUCACCCUCAAGAACAAACAGGAUUCUGUCAGAGCUUCGGGUCACAUCCAGAACGUGUCGAAGGUCAUGGAGGUUUGCCGGGAACAACGCCUCUCCCUUGUUCUAACCUUCGUCGUCUAUGAGAAGGCCUUCCACAGCGUAGAAACGGAUGCAGUACUGUCAGUGCUGGUCGACCAAGGAAUUGAGCGAAACAGGGAAAAGAAUAGGAUUGCCAAUAAACCGAAAGAAGAAUUCAUUAAGAACGUCUAUUGCAUGGACGGAGGAGUACAACUUGAAGACUACCAUAUCGUGAAAACUUCGUCGAAUGUCUACCUUGGACGACGUAUGAAAAACGACAUGAAGGAAGAACUGAAUGGGAGGAUGAGAGGAGCUUGGGCAGCAUUUUCACCCGUCAGGGAAGCUACGGACCAACUGACGGACCAAUAUCACCGUGUCCAUCUGUUUGACUCCACAGUUCUUCCAGCGCUCCCUUACGCAGCGGAGGCGCCGCAAGCACCGCACGCAACAACCCUCAACAACCGAAUCAUGGAGGGACUCUAUUUGCCACUGCGACGUUCCAAGGAGUCACUGGAUUUGGAAUUCUGUAAAAUAGCCAGCACGUUUUCUGAACCGAGUCGUGGAAGAAAAGAAGAUUCCCGUGAACUGGCAGCGAAGCACGACAGUACCUAUCUAGACGAGCAAGGAUAA